AUGUCCAUCAUCGACAUCAAGACCAAGGCGCAGUUCGACGACCUCAUCCGAAAGACGCCCUACGUCGCCCUCCAGGCCCACGCCACUUGGUGCGGCCCCUGCAAGGCCAUCUCGCCCUUCUUCACCAAGUUCGCCACUUCGCUCAGCGUACCCGACAAGUACACCUUUGCGCGCUUCGACACCGACGACGUGCCCGACCUUGCCUUUGAGCUCGGCAUCCGCUCCAUUCCCGCCUUCUUCUUCUUCGAAAACGGCGACAAGGCCAACGACCUGACCGGCCCCAAUCCCCCGGCCCUGCAAAAGGCCGCCGAGGAUCUGUCCACUAAGGCCAAGGCCGGCGGUGACGCUGUGAGUGCCACCACCACCACGACUGCAGCCCAUUCUUCUUCGCAUCUCUAA